GGUUAAUUUUUCAUGAUUAUUGAUUAAGGAGUGAUUGAAGUUGUUAAAUAAAAAUUUAAGCCUGAAGAUUUAUCAAAAGCAGUUGCCUUAAUUCAUUAUGUAAAAAAAUGGUCAAAUAUGGAAAAAUAAUAUUUAGAAAAUAUUAAUAAAGUAACAGGAGAUCAUUUAAAAAAAUGUAUUCCAGAAUUAUCAGAAAUAAAUGCUUUGGCUAAUGGUACAAGAUAACCAAAUGAAGAAGAAUUAAAAGAUUCAACAAUAAAAGAAACAGAACCAAUAUCUGAUUAUUGGUCAAAAGUUUUAUAAAAUGCAGGAAUUACAGGAUGUCGUAUAACAUAAAAAGAUGUAGAUGUUUUAUCAUCAUUAAAAAGUAUAAGUGCUAGUUUUGGUGAUAAUGAAAAAGACUUUAAAUUAAGAUUUGAAUUCAAUCCAAAUUAAUAUUUUGAUAAUAAGGUAUUAGAAAAAGAAUUCAUUUAUAAUAAUGAAGAAAGUAAAUUACCUUAUAAAUGUAAUGGAACAAAAAUUAAUUGGAAAGAAGGAAAGAAUGUAACAAAGACAAUAAAAAAGAAGAAAUAAAGAAAUAAGAAAACAAAUUAAACUAGAAUAAUUGAGACAGAAGUAAAAUUAAAAUCAUUCUUUAAAUUUUUUGAUGAUAUUGCUCCUGCAUAAACAGAUGAAGAAGAAAUAAUAAUAGAAGAAAAAAUUGAAGCUGAUCUAGAAAUAGGAGAAGCAAUAAUAGAAGAAAUAAUUCCAUAAUCUUUAGCUUAUUAUUUAGAUUUGAAAGAUGAUGAAGAUGAAUUUGAUGAUGAAGAUGAUGAUAAUGAUGAUGAUGAGAAUGAUGAUGAUGAUGACGAUGAGGAUGAUUGAUAUAUUGUAUAAAUUUAAUGAUAACAUUAUAAAAUAGAUAGAUUGAUA